CGACGCUGAGGACUGGGAGUCAUGUGAUUCCAAGAUGGCGGUGUCGCGGUAGCUGGCUGGAGUAAUAGCGUCCUAGGAUCCGCGACGGUUUCUGCCCUUGGUCGUGGGGGCGGCAACAUCUGGCUGACCCCUGCGGCGGCCCCUAACCAGGGUUAAGGACCUCAUCAGGGCUGGGCCUGUUGAUGUCGCGGAAAUAUGAUCAGCGCCCCUGAUGUGGUGGCCUUCACCAAGGAAGAAGAGUACGAAGAAGAGCCUUACAAUGAACCAGCCUUGCCAGAGGAAUACUCAGUACCUCUCUUUCCCUAUGCCAGCCAGGGAGCCAACCCAUGGUCCAAACUGUCUGGGGCCAAGUUCUCAAGGGACUUCAUCCUUAUUUCCGAAUUCUCUGAGCAGGUGGGACCCCAACCCUUGCUGACCAUCCCCAAUGACACCAAAGUUUUUGGCACUUUUGAUCUCAAUUACUUCUCCUUGCGGAUCAUGUCUGUGGAUUACCAGGCUUCCUUCAUGGGGCAUCCUCCUGGUUCUGCCUACCCGAAACUGAACUUUGUGGAGGACUCCAAAGUGGUACUGGGAGACUCCAAGGAAGGGGCCUUUGCAUAUGUGCACCACCUUACUUUGUAUGACCUGGAGGCCCGUGGCUUUGUGAGGCCCUUUUGUAUGGCUUACAUCUCUGCAGACCAGCAUAAAAUCAUGCAGCAAUUCCAGGAGCUUUCAUCUGAAUUUUCCAAAGCAUCCGAGUGCUUGAAGAUGGGCAAUAGGAAGGCUUUUGCUGGAGAACUUGAAAAAAAGCUGAAAGAUUUGGAUUACACUAGGACAGUGCUGCACACAGAAACUGAGAUCCAGAAGAAAGCCAAUGACAAAGGUUUUUAUUCAUCUCAGGCAAUUGAGAAGGCCAAUGAGUUGGCCAAUGUGGAGAAAUCCAUCAUUGAGCAUCAAGACUUGCUGAAGCAGAUUCGCUCAUACCCUCGUCAGAAGAUGAAAAUUCCUGAUUUGUGUCCUGGUGAGAUGGCUCAUACCCAAGAUCAGGCUGUCCAGGCAUCCACUACCUCUAACCUUCAUGAGUCUGGUAAUGCAGACCUUUAUACCUGCAGACCAGCUUACACCCCAAAACUCAUCAAAGCAAAGCCCACCAAGUGUUUUGACAAGAAGUUGAAGACCUUGGAGGAGCUCUGUGACACUGAGUAUUUCACUCAGACCUUGGCCCAGCUUAGCCACAUAGAGCACAUGUUCAGAGGAGAUCUGUGCUACCUCCUGACUAGUCAGAUAGACCGAGCACUUCGAAAACAACAGCACAUAACAAAUUUCCUCUUUGAAGACUUUGUGGAGGUCGAUGACAAGAUGGUAGAAAAACAAGAGCGUGUGCCCUCUCAGCUCAGUCAGGACAGGCUGCCUUCCAGGCCUGUGGAAGAAUGCCCCAUUCCUAAAGUGUUAAUUAGUGUUGGUUCUUACAAGUCCAGUGUGGAGACUGUGUUGAUCAAGAUGGAGCAGGAACUUGGAGAUGAAGAGUACAAGGAAGUAGAGGUAGCAGAACCAAGCAGUUUUGACCCCCAGGAACACCUGGACUACUUGGAUAUGGAUAUGAAAGGGAGUAUCAGCAGUGGGGAAAGCAUCGAGGUUCUGGGAACGGAGAAGUCUACUUCUGUGCUGUCUAAGUCUGACAGCCAGGUCAGCCUCACAGUUCCAUUGAGCCCCCAGGUAGUCCGUAGCAAAGCAGUCAGCCACAGGACAAUCAGUGAGGACAGUAUUGAAGUCCUAAGCACUUGCCCUUCUGAGGCUCUCAUCCCUGAUGACUUUAAGGCCAGCUACCCAAGUGCCAUUAAUGAGGAAGAAACCUAUGCAGAUAAUGAGGGGGCCAUCCAUUUCCAGGCAAACAUCAGCCCACCAGAGUUGGGUGAGACUCAGGAGGGCAGCUUAGAAAAUACUUCAUCCCAAAUAGACUCCAGCUGCUGUAUUGGGAAGGAGACUGAAGGUCAGUUAGUGCCACUCCCCACUCCAGCUCACACUCUCUCUGAUGAGGAUGGUGUGGUCAGCAUCCCUCCACAGCGCUAUAGGCAGAAGGAUCAAGGAUACCAUAUGGACUUUGUGGUGGAAACCACCAACCCUUCUCCCCAAGACAACAGUUGUGAAAUGUUCCCUGUUUAUGAGCUGGAUCCAGGCUGCCUUCUGGCUAGCCGAGAUGUCAGUAAGACUAGCCUGGACAAUUACUCAGACACCGCCAGCUACAUAAGCAGUGUGGCCUCCAUAAGCUUGGACAGAACCCCCUCUUCCUCUACCCACCCUGCUGGCCUGUCCUCUGAAAGGCACAAAAAGAGGGCUGGCCAGAACACCUUAAAAUUCAUCCGCCAGUACCCUUUUGCCCACCCAGCCAUCUACUCCCUGCUUAGUGGGAGGACACUUGUGGUCCUGGGUGAAGAUGAAACCAUAGUCAGGAAGCUUGUAACAGCACUGUCCAUCUUUGUUCCCAAUUAUGGCUGCUACGCCAAGCCUGUGAAGCACUGGAUUUCCUCCCCUUUGCACAUUAUGGAUUUUCAGAAGUGGAAGCUUAUUGGCCUACAGAGAGUGGCCUCCCCUGCCAAUGUGGGUACCCUCCAUACCCUGAGUCGUUACAGCCGCUAUACAAGCAUCCUGGACCUGGACAGCAAGACCUUGCGUUGUCCCCUGUACAGGGGGACACUGGUGCCCCGCCUGGCUGACCAUCGCACUCAGAUCAAGCGGGGCAGCACCUACUACCUGCACGUCCAGAGCAUGCUUACCCAGCUUUGCUCCAAGGCCUUCCUCUAUACUUUCUGUCACCACCUGCACCUGCCCACCCACAGUGAGGAGACACAGGAAGCAGUGGCCAGCCGUCAGACGAGCUUCCUAAAACUGAACCUGGGACUGGUGAAUGAGGACAUCAAAGUGGUACAGUACCUGGCUGAACUAUUGAAACUGCACUACAUGCAGGAGUCACCUGGGACCACCCAUCCCCUGCUCAGGUUUGACUAUGUCCCCAGCUUUUUGUACAAAAUCUGAGGUUGGUUCCAGCUACUGUGACCAAGACCUGUGACUCAGGGUAUGGGGAGGGGGAUGGGUUGGCAUGAUUAAACCAUUGCCUGAGCUGGA